AUGCCAUUGCUGAACAGCGUUGGUGUGCAUGAACAAUUCGCCUUGCGCAGCAUUAUUAAGGUCGUCACGGAUUCCAAAUACGGGUUGGGCGAGUCAUAUGGCGACUCGGCUCACCUUACCCGCUUGGAGAAGGCGGCUGAGAAGACUAAAGGUCUUUCCGUGUACGAAACAAACGCAAUAUAUAAAGUGUGCACCACUUGGCUGGCCGUUAAUACCACCACUGGCGGCGAUGGCAUGGCUGGCAUGGUCACCACGGAAUCUGUUGUUGACAAAGUCUUCUCGCCAUUCGAAGUUGAUUGUCUCGGUAUCCAAGGUAAAGUAGCUGGUCUCCCUGUGAGUGACUUUCUCGGUGGUCGUAUGAGAGACUCCGUACAAUACUCCGCAUACCUCUUUCACAAACGGGCUGGACAUCCUGGGCAGCCGGACGACGAAAUACGGAGAGGCUCUCGAUUCAGCCGGUAUCGUGUGACAAGCCAAUAA